AUGGGACCAAGGUGGCCUUGUUUGCUGUGGAAACUGUGCCUUGUUUUGGCCUCUGUCAACUUAUCGUAUGUGCUUGGAAAGAAUAAAAAGAAGGCGUCAACCUGGAUAGCGCCCAGACCCCAUAUCAUCAUGAUUGUUGCUGAUGACCUGGGCUGGGAUGAUGUCAGUUUUCAUGGCUCACCCCAGAUCCCAACUCCACACAUUGACAAAUUGGCUAACUCUGGAGUUAUUCUUAACAGCUACUAUGUAAAGUUCUCUAAUGGUGAUGGUCUCUGUGUUGUUGCAGGUGUUCAACAUGCAACUAUAUUUGGUACUCAGGCAUACGGUCUACCCCUGGGUGAAGCAACAACACCGCAGUACCUCAAGUCGCUUGGAUACAGAACGCACGGUGUGGGAAAGUGGCAUUUGGGUUUUUUUGAGAAGGAAUACACACCAACCUACCGCGGCUUUGAGACUUUCUACGGGUUUUGGAAUGGUAAAGAAGAUUACUGGGAUCACUCAUCCCUGGAAGAUGUCUGGGGCGUUGAUCUCAGAGAUAACAUGAAGGUAAACACAGUGCGAUUGAUCAAUCUGUAA